AUGGCAUUGACAGCCAAGAGCUUCGUCUACGACGUGCUCACCAAUCCACAACAUGCACGAUGGAUUGCACCUCUAGUCAUUCUAGGCGACGCGCUACUCUGCGCCCUCGUCAUAUGGAAGAUCACUUACACCGAGAUUGACUGGUCGACAUACAUGCAACAAGUUUCUCUAUAUAUCUCUGGCGAACGCGACUACCCCCUGAUCAAAGGCUCAACCGGUCCGCUCGUCUACCCCGCCGCCCACGUAUACAUAUACACCCUCCUCUACCACCUCACCGAUGAAGGCCGUGAUAUUCUCCUCGGGCAGGCGCUCUUCGCCCUGCUCUACCUGGCUACUCUGGCUGUGGUGAUUGCCUGCUACAGACAAACGGGGGCACCUCCGUAUCUUUUUCCACUCCUUGCUCUGUCCAAACGGCUGCAUAGCAUAUUCGUCUUGCGCAUGUUCAAUGAUGGCGUCGCGACUUUCGCGAUGUGGCUUGCUAUAUAUCUGUGUCUGAGACGCAGUUGGACGGCAGGGAUUGCGGUGUGGUCUUUUGGGGUUGCGAUUAAAAUGACACUCGUGCUGCUUGUGCCUGCUAUUGCGGUCAUCAUUCUUCUCGGUUUGGGGUUGGUGCGAAGUAUUUCGCUUGGGGCUAUGGCUGUCCUUAUCCAGGUCCUACUUGCGGUUCCCUUUCUCCAGACUAACGCUACAGGCUACCUCUCUCGGGCAUUUGAGCUAUCUCGCCAGUUCUUGUUCAAAUGGACAGUGAACUGGCGGUUUGUAGGAGAGGAAACGUUUCUCUCAAGGGAGUUCUCUGUGGGUCUCAUCGUGCUGCAUAUAUCCUUGUUGGCUAUCUUCUUCAGAAACUGGGUAAAACCUUCAGGCUCGAACAUGGUUCGCUUCCUCCAGGAUACUCUCCAAGGACGCCAAAAGACAGUUCCACUCUCAAAAUCCUUCACUAUGACUGUCAUGUUGAGCUCACUGGCCAUCGGCUUGCUUUGCGCCAGGUCCUUGCAUUACCAGUUUUUCGCGUAUCUCGCGUGGGCGACCCCCUUCCUUCUCUGGCGCGCAGGUAUCCACCCAGUUCUUAUAUACGCCGCAUGGGCGCUGCAAGAGUGGGCCUGGAACGUUUUCCCCAGCACAAACGCAAGCUCGGCGGUUGUGGUGUUGUCGCUCGCGGUCCAGGUCUUUGGCGUGUUGUUCAAUGGUUCGAGCGAGGUAGAUAAGAAGAGUGACAAGGGGAGCAGCCGCAGCAAGGCAACUGUCCAAAAAUGA